CGCGCGGGAUGCGGUGAGGAAUAACUCCAACAUCACUUCCAGUUCCACACAGUCGCUCCUCUGGCUGGAAAAAAACACCCAGAUAUGGAUGACCCCCUUACAAAAUGGCUCCACUCACACACUAACAUCAACAACACGUCAGGAAAGUUAUUUCUUCCUCUGUGGUCCGCGGUCCCAGGAGGGCACUGCUAGGCCUCUCUGGCGGCUGGGAUGAUGGAGACACGGACACGGGAGGUCGGUAGUCCUCGUAAGGAGUCUCGUGGACCGAGCCCGAGCUCCGUCGCCACUGCGAAUGGAUACAAGCACGAGGAGGAGCAGGAGGAAGAGGAAGAGGAGGAGAAGAAGUUCGCGGAGGAGGAGGAGGGAGCAGAGUCUGAUGACGCUCCUCCUCAGAGCGCGCUAAAUGGGACUAUCAUCACCAACGGCGUUGCCAAGGAAACAACUCGCGACGCCCUUGACCUGAAAAGGGAAGUGCCCGUGAUAGAGCUCUCGAGGAGAGGCAUUAUAAAGGCGGGAGAGCUGAGAGCGGACAGACAUACGGUACCGAUCACGGAGCUUCGCAGACCUCCCGUGCCGCUGCCGUUGCCGCUGCCGCACAGAGACGUUCUGAACGACGCUCGAAUGGUCCAGCUGAGCCCAAACGCGUUCCCUAUCCCGGCGCGAGCGAUGCUGUACAACCUGGCACAACCUCUGGCUAUCAACAGCAGCCAGGGGGAGCCGGAGCAGUUUGGGAUGUACCCCAGCAGCAGGGUGAAGAGGCGCCCGGCGCCUUAUGAGGUGGAGCUCGACGAGGCGGGCCAGCCCAAGAUCGUGCGCCGCAUCUUCACCAACAGUCGUGAGCGCUGGCGGCAGCAGAACGUGAACGGGGCGUUCUCAGAGCUCCGCAAGCUCAUCCCCACCCACCCCCCCGACAAGAAGCUCAGCAAGAACGAGAUCCUGCGUCUGGCCAUGAAGUACAUCAGCUUCCUGUCCCAGCUCCUGGAGGACCAGGAUGGGGGCGGGGCGCGGACCGUGACGGGGGCCGGGGGGGUGGAGGGCGGGGGGCCGGUGGGCACAGGGGCGGGGGGCGCAGGGAGGGAGGAGCUGCUGGAGGCCCUGUCUCCAGGGUCCAGCUGUGGGAGUCUUCCAGACGGGGAUGCCAGCCCAGACAGCUUCCCCGAGGAGCAGGACUCUCCUCCGGCCACCAGGACCAGACCGGCCCCCAGGACCUCCAGGGACCUGCGGCGCUCCGCACGGUCACUAGAUGGCGCCGGACGGCGAUGAUGAUGGUGGUGGUGAUAAUGUUGAUGAAGAUGGUGAUGAUGUUGGUGAUGUGAGGAGGAUGAGA